AACCGAGUCUUGAGGGAGAAGGAAUGAAACUGUUCCAGCUCAAGACUAUAGAGGAUACAUAAGUCAUUAUCAAAAUAAAUAUAUCUAUUAUCGUCAUCUUCUUCACUCAUCACCCCACCAUUUCCAGCUCCCAUCAUCUUCUCCUUCUCCUUCUUCAUCUUCAUCUUCAAUCAAACCUCUCUCUUCUCUCUCACUUCACUCUGUCUGCAACUCAUCCUCUCUUCCUUUUUAUCUAUCUUUGAUUCUCUGUAGAAGUGAUAAAAAAACUUGAGUAGUGGGUGUGGUCUAGUAGUGGUCAUCAAUGGCUACUAGAAUACCAUCACAUCAACUGAGUAGUGGUCUGUAUGUAUCAGGAGGAAGACCAGAACAAUCAAAAGAAAGACAACCAACAAUGGGAUCUAGAGCAGUACCAUAUACUGGUGGAGAUGUAAAGAAAUCAGGUGAACUUGGUAAAAUGUUUGAUAUACCAGUGCUUGAUCAAUCAUCACUUAAACCAUCAAGACAGUCAUCUUCUUCUCAACAUAAUAGUGGAUCUAUAAGAUCUACUUCUAAUUCUGGUCCACAAAAUAAUAAAUCUUCAAAUUCUGGUUCUAUGCCACCACCAACACUGCAGAAGAAAUCAUCUUCUACUCAUUCUGGUCAGAUGAUGAUGAAUUUACAACCAACUGGGUUAAUUACUUCAGGUCCACUUGGAUCUUCUGGGAAUGUCAGUGGGAACCGUGGGGGUAGGAGUGGUCAAUUGGAACAUUCUGUUUCUUCAAUUGGUAAAGCUGUUUAUGGUACUGCUGUUACAAAUAUAGGAAAAGAUGUUAAAUUUGGGUUUAAACUCUCUAAAGCAAUAAUGUGGGUUGUUGGAGUUGGAAUUAUCAUGUUAUUAGUUGUUGGGGUUUUUAUGAUGGCUACUGUUAAAAAUGGGGUUAUGUUGGUUGCUGUUUCUGGGAUUGUGGUUUUGGUUACUUUGAUUGUAGUUUGGAAUUUCUCUUGGAGGAAAAGAGGUUUAUUAGGUUAUUUUAAUAGGUAUCCUGAUGCUGAACUCCGAGGUGCUCAAGAUGGACAGUUUGUUAAAGUCACUGGGGUUGUUACAUGUGGUAGCAUUCCACUUGAGUCUUCGUACCAGAGGGUUCCUCGGUGUGUAUACAUAUCCACAGAAUUAUAUGAGUACAGAGGAUGUGGUGGAAAGUCUGCGAAUUCUAAUCACUGGCCCUGUUCAUGGGGGAUGAGACAUUUUGAGAAACAUGUGGCGGAUUUUUAUAUUUCGGAUUUCCAGUCAGGGCUUAGAGCACUAGUUAAAGCAGGCAAUGGCGCUAAAGUUGCCCCAUUCGUGAAACCUUCAACUGUGGUUGAUGUAACCAAGGAUAACCGGGAGCUUUCACCAAGCUUUCUGCAGUGGAUAUCUGAUCGCAAGCUCUCUACUGAUGACCGCAUCAUGCGUCUUGAAGAAGGGUAUAUUAAAGAAGGGAGCACUGUAAGUGUCAUGGGAGUUGUCCGACGUCAUGAAAAUGUUCUCAUGAUUGUUCCGUCUGACAGGCCAGCAUCAAUGGGUUGUCAGUGGCUGCGCUUCCUAUUCCCCUCCUAUACCGAAGGUCUCAUCUUGACGUGUGAUGAGAACCAAAAUUCUGAUGUUAUCCCUGUGUAAGAGAAUUAAAUUCUUCCCUUUUGCUAUUUGGUGCUUUAUCAUUCACGAAAAAGGACAUAUAUAUACUCAAGGUGAAAAUGUGAAGAGAAGAUUACGUGCUGUAAAAUGCAAAACUACUGUUCUCAAUCCUCUUCCAGAUUUUUAAAGCAUAUGUAAAGUUUGUCUAGAAGAUGCAAGAUCAGUUCAAGACCGGUUGAGAAAGAUGAUGCCAUAAAUAAGUGAAGAUAAGCACACAGAUACAAGUGAAUAUUAUAUUAUGUUUCUAAUCGAGAGUAGAAUAGAGAGAAAGUGUUCCCUCCACCCUUUUUAUGCUGGUAGAAUGUGUUGUAUUAUUGUUGUGUUCAUUUUUCUUUUUACGUUAUGGAUUGGUUGACUCGGUCGGUCUCUUUCCGUCUCUCUUUUGUACAUAAGGAUACGGCAGAGAUGCUCCAAAGGGUUCAUCUUUGUUAUGAGCAGUUUAGUCGGUGUUAUGUCUAUGUCUGUCUAUUGUGGUUUGAAGAUGUUUGAAAUAUAUGCCCCUAUUCUUGAUAUUCUGUCCAAAUAAAAAAUAUAUUUGUGAA